CCCGGAGGCUGUGGCGCACCACCUGCUGCCGCCCUCUCAGCCUUCCGGCAGACCUCGCGCGACGCCGACGCUGCACCGGCUCUUAGCUCACCUGCCGAGGCAACCUACCGGCCCACCCCGAGCACGAGCACCGCCACCUCGUCCCCGGCGUCCUCGCGCAGUCCUCCAGACGUGACGCGCCAGACUGACAAGUGCCACUAGGCGAUCGGCCGCUGUCGGCGGCAUGAUAGCCGCGAAAUGAUCACCGCGCGUAGCAGCCAGCGAACCGAGUAACGCACACACUGAUCCGAUGGCGUCCUUCUGCUCCAAGCAGCAGUGGUGCGUUUUUUUCGUGUGCGCCUUCAUUGGACUUGUACCGAGAGGGGUGGCGUGCCUGAAGGACGUGCGCCUGCGCGUGGAGCCGGCAGCCGUGCAGCGCGGGAAGCCCGCCUCGCUGCUGUGCGAGUACGACCUGGAGGGCGCGCCGCUCUACUCCGUCAAGUGGUACCGCGGACAGCUCGAGUUCUACCGCUACUCUCCCAGCGAGACGCCCGUCUGCAAGAUCUUCCCCUUCCCCGGCAUCGACGUCGACCUUUCGUCAUCCAACGCGACGCAAGUGGUGCUGCGACGUGUCGGCUUCAGCCUGUCGGGCAACUUCAGCUGCGAGGUGACGGCUGACGCCCCCUCUUUCUCCACCAAGACUGUCACGGCCAACAUGCUGGUCGUUUCGCUGCCCGAGGGCCCGCCCACGCUGGUGGCGGAGCGCGAGCGCUACUACCCGGGGGACCUGCUGAGGGCCAACUGCACGGCGCCCCCAUCCAGGCCGGCGGCGCAGCUCUCCUUCUACAUCAACGACGAGCCGGUGUCGGGGAACGGGUGGCGCGUGCUGUCGGCGGACUCGCUGCAGACGAGCGUCAUGUCGCUGAGCGUGCGCCUGCGCUCGGCCCACUUCUCGGACCCGGCCGGCGUGUUCGCCGCCCCCGGAGGUCGGCUGACCGCCACGCUGACUUGUCGCGCCGAGCUGGCCGGCAUCUACCAGCAGGAGGCCGCGCUGCAGCUGGCGCCGCCCCCACCCGCGCAGGCCGAGCCCGUGCCGCAGAGGGUGACGUCAUCGGGCACAACAAGGCCGGGUUCUCUGGUGUCUCUGGCGGGAGCUGCGCUGUUCUGCGUUUGGGUGGCCAUGACGGGCGCAUCCUCGGGACACCACUGCAGCAGGUAGCCGGUCCACUCCGAGGAAGCGCCAGAAACAGUUCGACCCUUCCAGCUACCGCACCACAAUCAACACCACCGAACGGACUGACUCAGUUUCAGCUUUCCGGAGAUGAAUCUCUGCUUGUGAUUGCUUAGCGAAUUUUUCGCCAAGCAGGAGGAAAGCAAGUAUUAGUAGUGGUACCGUAGUCGUAGCAAAAGGGAGUGUGUACUGAGGGAAGUGUCAAGACAGCAGGAGGAUGAUAAUGUACAAAGUUUGUGUGCUCUGUACUGAAAUUGUAUAAAUACCUACCUUGUAAGGCAAUAUUAUCUUAACUGAAUACGUAAGCUGUGAAAAAUCAAUUAACAUCCAGUCGUGUAUGUUUACGUAUAUGUGAGUAAGUGUUUCCCAUUGUGUGGCAAGAUUACUGCCCAAUCAGCGGACACCAUCAGUGUUUGUUCUCAACAAACUCAAAAAAAAUUAACAGUUUUUUUUUAAAUGUACUUCAGUGUGCUAAUCUUGUAAAAAGUGCAAAUUACGAUUUUUCAAUCAGCUAGCAAGUUAAAAGUGUUAACGCGACAAUAUGCGCAACUCUCAGCACAAAUCAGUGAAAGAGAUACAGAGGAAUUGUUGGACUCAGAGCUUACAUCCUCGUGAUACUGAUGAUGAGGCGUCUUUAAUCAAUUAAAAAUCUAAUUGCUGUACAAAAUAAAGCAUAGAUUACACGUAUAUAAAUAUGAUGAAUGUUACCUGAAGUAAUGUAAAAAUUUAAAGCUUCGCUUGUAAGCGACUCUCAAGAGAAGAAACAAAGAUGCUCCAGUGUUUUCUUCCUGAUUAUGUCGAGAUAUUUUUAUCGUUUGCUGUUUGAAAUUGUGAAAUUAUUUUAGCGCCUCUGGACGUGUCCAGAAUUAAUUUAA